AUGGCAAUCUACAGCGCUGUCCCGCCCCCUCCGGAAUUCACGGCCACGACGACUGAUUCGAAUCAGCAGCAACAACAGCAAUCGCAGGAGUCGCAUCAAUCACCAAUUUCGAAUCCGACGGUUACAAAUGCGCCGUCUGGUGUUGAUAUCGAAGCAUGGACGGUUUCCGCCCUCGAGUCACUCAGCGUAUCACCAAUCGCUCGCGGCACCGGUACCCCGCUAUCAAUUCCGCUAGACGAGGAAUCCCGCAAGAAAGCGUCCGUCUCAAUCCAAGAUCCCCGUGCUAAGUCCACUGCGAUUACGCCGCCUCCGCGACCACUGUCUCGCCGCGAUAGCCAGAAAAGACGAGAGGCACUGCUUAAGGGCAAAGAGGGCAGUCGACAGCGACGACGCUGGGAAAAUGGUGUAUCCCCCUUUUCAUCCGAACCCCAUCUACUCCAAAUGAUCAACGUACCUAAUAGUGAGACUAAUGCGAUUUUCCUUUUUCUAGACCGUCUGAUCCAUGUGCCAAAUGCACAACCUCCUGAACCUUAUGAUUGGGAGCCACGUCCGUUAUACCCCGUGAAUCACAUCCCUUAUCAAAUUGCUAUUGCAUGGGACAAGCGAGUUCGCGCCGAGGUCGAGGAGAAGAGAGCCGCCGCAGCUCGUCGUAAGCAGAUGCAGACUCGAACACUUGGCGAUGAACAUGUUACCGGACGAGUGCCUAGAGAGCUAUUUCAGCGUGCAAAGAAGACUCCCGCUAUGAAGACUUGGGUGCGUUCUCUUGAGGAACCUGUGCGACAGUACUUGGUCGAACAGCAACUCGUGAACGAGCCAACAUCUUCGAAUAGUGAAGAUGAUACCGAGGAUGAGGAGAUUGUGUUUGUCGGCCGCGAUGGCAGUAUGCGAGAGGGUUGGAAGAAGGCCAAAAGAGAGAACCAGGACAAGACCGAGGAAGAGGGAAUGAUCUUCGAUGCCUUAGGCAAUGAUGCCGAUCGUGCGUUCAGACGCUGGAUUACGCAUUCCAUCUCUGAUUACUACGGCUUGAACUCUCGCUCCGUCUUCAUAGGCAACCCGAAACGUAAGGUAGUUUACGUGCAGAUGAAGACUGGACACGCACCGCCAGUGCGGGCAGAUCUUCCCCGACCUUUGUGGGAGCUUUGCUGA